CGUGAGUGCAGUGUUAAACGUUGUAUGGACUAAUCUGUCUGUGUAUGAGCUUAACUACAACAACAUUUAAUUUAGUGAGUUUGUUGAAUUUGCAUUUAUUGGCCACAUUCGGAGGGAAGAGGAAUCACUUUUAGCAUGCUCCAGAGGCUCGCUGCUGCGUCUCUGCGACGGCCCGUUGCUGCUGUCCCCCUCGUGGCCGCGGUACGGUGUGUGUCGUCCGGAUCCGUGGAAAUCACAGCCCCGCUGAACUACUGGGCUGGAGAGAGGAGGACGAGCACAGGGAAACACAACACAGAAAAUGUUUACGAACCUGCUACAGGGCUAGUCUUGUGCCAUUUGGAGCCUUGUGGUGCUGUGGAGGUUAAUCAGGCUGUGAAAGCUGCCAAGUCGGCUUUUGACCUCUGGAGCAAACUGUCUGGGAUGGAAAGGGCAAGGAUCAUGAUAGAGGCUGCACAUCUCAUCGAGAGCAGAAGAGAAGAGAUUGCUGAAAUGGAGGUGGUCAACAAUGGGAAGUCAAUCACCGAGGCCCGUCUGGAUGUGGACUCUGCCAGACUGUGUAUAGAGUACUAUGCAGGGCUUGCCAGCACUCUGGCAGGCCAGCACGUACAGCUGCCUGGUGGAUCCUUCGCCUACACCCGCAGGGAGCCUCUGGGAGUCUGCGUCGGCAUUGGUGCCUGGAAUUAUCCUUUUCAGAUAGCAGCCUGGAAAUCAGCUCCAGCACUGGCCUGUGGUAACUCCAUGGUGUUUAAGCCCUCACCAGUGACUCCUGUGACGGCCGUCAUGUUGGCAGAGCUCUAUGCUGCGGCUGGAGCACCAGAGGGGCUGUUCAACGUGGUGCAAGGCGGCCAGGAGACGGGCAGCUUACUCUGCCACCACCCUGAUGUUGCUAAGGUGUCCUUCACUGGCAGUGUGCCCACUGGCAAAAAGAUUAUGGAGAUGGCGUCAAAAGGGGUGAAGCCUGUGACGCUGGAGCUCGGAGGGAAAUCUCCUCUGCUCAUUUUUGAGGACAGCGACCUGGAAAAUGCUGUGAGAGGAGCUCUAAUGGCAAACUUUCUGUCUCAAGGCCAGGUCUGCAGCAAUGGUACAAGAGUGUUUGUUCAGAAAGAUAUUCUGCCUGAGUUUGUGGAGGAGGUGGUGAAAAGGACCCAGGCAAUUGAGAUCGGAGACCCUCUACUGGAGAGCACCCGAAUGGGAGCACUGGUCAGCCGGCCUCACCUCGAGAAAGUUCUAUCCUUUGUUGAUCAGGCAAAGAAAGAGGGAGCAACAGUGCUGUGUGGUGGUGAACCUUUUGUCCCAUCAGAUCCAAAGCUCAAAGAUGGAUACUACAUGACUCCAUGUGUGUUAGGUGACUGUACAGAUGACAUGACCUGUGUGAAGGAGGAGAUCUUUGGCCCUGUCAUGUCUGUGUUGUCCUUUAAAACAGAAGAGGAGGUGCUGCAGAGAGCCAACGACACCACCAUGGGUCUGGCUGCAGGAGUUUUCACCAGGGAUGUGAGGCGAGCCCAUCGGGUGGUUGAAAAUCUCAAGGCUGGCUCCUGUUUUAUCAACAACUAUAAUAUCACACCAGUGGAGCUGCCUUUUGGAGGCUUCAAAAUGUCAGGUAUAGGGAGGGAAAAUGGCCAAGUGACAAUCGAGCAUUACUCCCAGCUGAAGACUGUGUUUGUGGAGAUGGGAGAUGUGGACAGCUUAUUCUAGCACACACAUGAAAAGUAACACUUGGAGAGACUCGAAACAGGAUUGUCUGGACCAGAACCACACUUCCAAGUGCAACUCUCAGGGAAACACCUCCAAACGUUAGAUCUCAGUGUGAUGAGAAACUAGUCUCUACUGAGGAAGAUAAAGCCAUGUAUGUUUCCUGUAAUUUCUGAAUGUGUAACCAGAGGGAAAUACCUGCAGAGAUAUGGGUGAAGGAAAUUUGACUUCCAUCAUGCCAAACUGAUUCAAUCAAAUAUUUGAGGGGGUUUUAAGUGAAAUUGAUCAGUUUUAGCUCAUUAGAGUCACAUAUUGUGAUCAAUAAUUUGCACUGCAUGUUUUCUUACUUAACAUGUCAUCCAUAUACAGAGUAAUACUUAGGUGUUUUUCAAGCUAUACUUAAGAUAAAAAAAUGUUUACAAAUCAAGCUCAAUUUACUAACCAGCAUAUUUUUAUUUUUAUACACAAAAUACUAAAAAUGAAUCACUUUGAACAUUAGAUUGAUCUUCAUCAUACAGAUUGUACAUUUCAAGCACACUUUUUUUAGUGCUAUUUCCAUAAGAACUGUGAGAGUAACACGUUUCAAAUAGAUAAAUAUUUUCACAUCAAAUUAAUUUUAACAUAACCAUGAACGGUGUUCAAUAAAAAUGAAGAACAGCU